CAGCUGGCGUCCUGGGCUGGGCCAACUCUCCUCUAUAAAUGGCUUCUGCAGUUACCUCCCGCCAUAUUCUUCGGAGGAUUUCUCUGACGCGCGUCUCAACACGGACCACAAUCAUGAAGAGCAUCGGCCGGAAUAUUCUAGUUUUAUGGUUUACGUUACAAGCUUCAGCCCAGCUACAGAAGGACUGUCCUACACCGACGGAGUAUCCUCAGACCAGACUGAACAACAAGUACACCUCCAGACAGAAAUACAGCAGCGGAGAAAAAGUUUAUUACGACUGUGCAGAGGACUUCACUCCAUCCAAAGGCAGCCGAGCUGUGCAAUGUAAAGAUGGAAAGUGGACCAAACUGACUCUGAAAUGCGAAAAGCAAUCAUGUGGCAAUGCUGGUGAACUGCUUAACGGGCAGUUCCAGUACGAGGGGAAUACGUUCGUCGGCGAGAAAGUUUACGCCAUAUGCAAUGAGGGAUACACCCUGAAAGGACUGAACUACAUGACAUGCAAGAAGUCCGGUUGGACCGGUGAAUUUCCAACUUGUGAAGAGGGAGAGGCCACCUGCUCUCCUCCAGCAGUGGCCAACGCUGUGCAGCAAGCCGAAAAUGUCUCGGUGUACCAGGUGGGGGAGGAGGCGACCUUCACCUGCAGUCGGGGGUUCCAGCUGGAUGGAGCUCAGCGGAUCAAGUGUGGCCCCGAUGGCCAGUGGCAGCCCCAACCCCCUCGAUGCCUUCCCUCGCCCGAUGAUACUCGGCAAUCAUCUGGCAGAACGACCUCUCCAGCAGGUGGAUGUGGCGUCCCGCUAGUUGCCAGGGACUCCAAAGCCAGACUCGCCGACAGGUACAUCACAAAGACGUCUUUUUCCUCUGGAGAGAAGGUCUACUUCACGUGCGACAUCGGACACGCCCCAGCAGGCGGCAGCAGGGGUCGAAUGUGUAAAAACGGAAAAUGGACACCACUGACGCUCAAAUGUGAACGGAAGCUUUGUGGCUCUCCGGGAGAGAUUCUAAAUGGACAAUUUGUCUAUACUGGAUUAGAGUUCGGAGACACUGCAACAGCCAUCUGUGAUGAGGGGUACACUCUUGUAGGAAAGGCGACCAGAACUUGCAUGAAUAACGGCUGGGAUGGACGUGUUCCUGUUUGCGAGGCUGUGGUGUGCGAAGAGCCUCCAGAGGAGACGAAUGCAGAGAGGCGAGGCCCUGAGGAGCCCCCUUACACGUACAGGAGUGUGCUUCAGUACCAGUGUCGUGUGGGAACCCUCGUUGGACAGAAGCAGAUCUGGUGCACCAAGGAUGGCACAUGGAGCGCACCCACUCCACAGUGCAAAGAAAUUACUUGUCCGCCACCAAAUGUCGCCAACGCCUUCUGGACGGGAGCCCAGAAUCGGGUAUUUGAACACAGGGAUGUGAUAUCCAUCGAUUGUGCCUGGGGUUACACCCUGAGGGGGCCGAGCACCCUUACCUGUUAUGAGGGCCUGUGGUCCCCAGGUCUUCCCCAGUGUCAUCCCUCACCACGUUCCAGCUGGAGGAGAUAUUACUGAAACUUUAUUCAGUCCAACCUGCUUAAACCAAUGAGUAGAGGAUGAAAAUGAUCUAAGCUAACUAACAAUGCAAUGCUAAUGUUCUUUAAACCAAUCUUUAAUAAUGCACCGUGAUAUUUUUCUCCUAAAAUUGUUUAUAUCGUCGUAUCAUUAUACAGACAUUAAAAUAUGUUUGAAAUGAA